AUGCACUCUGAUGCAAUACCUAUAGUUUUGAUUAAUAUUGCUGCUACAACAUGCGAGCAAUCAUAUGUUUUUCGUGCGAACCAAUUCAAGAAACCUCUCAAUCUAUACAACUGCGUUAUUGCUAAAAGCUCCUAUGGGAAAAGUCCGAUGCUAACUUUAGUGCAAUCUUCGCUUCUAGCGGUUCGCAAUUCACGAACUAUGAAAUUCCGAGAAAUCGGAGACAAACUACAGGGUUCUGAUCAUAUUCGUGUAAUUUAUAAUGAAGCUACAACAGCCGGAAUGCUAGAUUCCUUAAAAGGAUGCACCAGGUUAUUAAUGACAGAAGAAGGGGAUGUCAUUCUCAAACGCAUGGGAGCUUUCCUACUGCCUUCUAUUGGAGGUCGGGAUACAUUUAGUUUUGACGAUUGUCGAGCUCAAUUGAUCAAUUUGUAUGAUAAUCCCGAUCAAUAUUCAAAGAAAUUAAAAAAUUCUAUUGUGGAAGUCAGCAAUUCAAAACUGAACAUCUUGGCUGGACUAACUGGUGAAAUAAUUCAACAGGUAAUAACAAGACGAGCUCAAAAUACACUCGCUGAUGCUUUAUACGAGCGAUUUUUAUUUUGGGUGCUAUCUGGUGAUGCUAUAGACACUCAGAUCAAUCGUCGAAAUUGGAAUUAUUCAUAUUGGCCAACUAUAGAACAGUUUGCAGUCAUGAUGAGCUUCUUUGAAUGCAUUGUGAUGUAUUUCAGUGAAGAUUCAAACAUUAGAAUGAUCGAGUGGUGCAACUUUAUUAAAAGAAAAGGAGCUAUUGAAGAGCAGGAUGACCAUUUAGCUAGCCGAUAUGGUAAAUCAGUUGAUGCUGUACACCGUAUAGCUGGUCUCUGCCAAAUUAUUGAAUUAACAUCAGGUGUUUUUAAAGCAUUUAUUGAACGAUAUGGCUGCUUUGAAGAUAAUUCCAUUUCAAAUGAAUUUAUUUUUAAAUGUGAAACUUUAUUUUCCGAACUUUAUGGUUCAUAUAUUACAAACAAUCGUUGCUUUUAUAUAUCCAUUGAUGUUGUAGAACGGGCAAUAGACGUCAUAUCUGGCAACUUAGAACAAUACAAGUUGCUAAUGCUUAUUCCUGCUAAUGAAAUUUUCAACUAUUCGUUAAUUCUAAAUAAACCAGUUGAAUCAUUAUCUAUUAUAAGUCAUAUGGAUAAGAAAGUUAAAAAGCGAGAAAAAUUUGGUAAAAAAUCAUCUGAAAUGGAGCAAGCCAUAUUGCUUUUUGAUUCAGUUUUGUUCACGUUAAAAACCCUUUACGAAUGUCGAUUGUUGAAGAAUGGUGCAGCUGUACUACGAGACAUUUGUGAGGGUCUCGUCAACAAGCAAAUUUUAUCUAAAGUAGAUCGUGCAACAGGAACUGGGACUAAAUCAGUUACUAUUUACAUAAAAGUGUUGCCGAAUCCAACAUCAAGCAUUGAAUGUCAAAGAUUUAUAAAUAAGUUGGCAUUGUUAGAAAAUCCGUCUAUUACGAUGCAAACUAUUCUUGAUAGCUGUCGAAAAAUUAAAUAUUCUUGCAAAAACCCACCUACCCAGGCUGUGUUUAAUGUUCUUAAUCGUCCACAAUACAAAUUAUUAGAUUUGGAUCUAACACCAUUACACCAAAGUACUGUGAAAGAACCAAGUUCAGUACGCCUCUUUUCGGAUGCAAGUGUGAAUGAUAUCAAUUCAAUCCAGGAUGAUUUUGAUAUUCCAUUGAACAAUUGCGUGUUAAAUAAUAUUGAUUAUGAACAUAGCCUACAAAGAGAAAAUUCAACAGUAUCGUUGACUGGAGGGAUUGAUACUGAUCUCGUCGAAAAUGAAGAAACACAAAUGACAUCUGAGAAUAUGAUGGUUGGCGAAUUCAGUAGUUUAGGUACACAUGAUUGUUUGCCAAUAACAGUAGGUUCCGAUGCAUCAUCUGAUAGUCAUGGUUCUAAUAAUGAAGACUGUAAUCAAUAUUCUGAGAAUCAGACGAGUCAGUCAUCGACUGAUAUUGAUGUCUUAGCAGGAUCUUUGGGAGAAGAAAUCCUUAUUGAUGCAAAUGGUAGUGAAAAUGUUGUUACACAAUCGAAUAGAUCGUCAGAUGUUCGGUUGAUUAAAGCUAAAGAAGCUGAAAAUACAUCAUCAGACAAACGUUAUCGACUUAUUCUCUCAGACGGUAGAAAUUUUUUUAGCUCAUGUGUACUAGGUGCUGAUAUGAUUGAUUUGGUAAAAAAUGACAUUUUGAAGAAUAACUCGGUCAUUCGUGUUAAUCAGGUGGAUGUUUGCAAUGCUGGUGUAAAGGGUGACCGAGUAAUUUUAAUUAUUCGUGAUGUAACGGUGGUGUUAAGCGAUUGCGAAAAGAUUGGCGAUCCUGUUCAACUCGAUAAUCAUGAUAGUAUUCAACGAACUGCUAUUUCAUUGAAUAUUCCAAAAAUACAAUGCUUUUCAACAGUUAGUAAAUCUGGUUUGGCUAAGAAAAAUUCAAAUGGGGAGUGGCAAGCAGACGACAAAAAUUCAAUUGAAGUAGUACUUGAAAAGCCUAAAAUAAAUGCAAACGAAAUGUGUAAUAUCAAUGUUCUUGAUCCAUUUCGAACUGAGUGGAUGAUCAAAGCUCGUGUAGUGAAUAAAAGUUAUAUUCGUGAAUAUUCAAAUAUGAAUAGAAGUGGCAAAGUCUUUAAUGUGGGCUUGGUUGAUAGCAGCGGUGAGAUUCGAGCUGUUGGUUUCGACCAUCUUGCGGAACGAUUUUAUGCAACGUUGGAAAUUGAAAAAGUGAGUAGAAGCUUAUCAGCCAUAGAUUCAACGAUCAUAAGAUUCGAUCUACCUUGCACAGAUCGUAUUAUUAAAUUAGAAACAUUGCGAAAAUCAAUAUUUCCAAGUUCAAAUGUAUCAUGUUUGACAACAACAAGUCAAAUAGACUGGAGUAUUGUAACAAUCGAUCAGGUGAUAGCGACCGAACCUGAUACUAUGAAACAUAAGAAUACUCAAUAUUUUUAUAUCAAAGGAUAUUGUAGUGUUAUUGAACAAGACCAUGCAAUUUACAUGGGUUGUUCUGUUGAUAAAUGUAGAAAAAAAUUAGAUGAUUUGGGAAAUGGUUUUUUUUUUUGUAGGAAAUGUCGAGUACGACAAGAGGCUUUCAAAUGGGCCUACUCAUUAUCGUGUUGUAUUGUUGAUCAUACAGGUGAAUUAAAUGUGUGUAUGUUUGGAAGUGCAGCCGAAUCAUUGCUUGAAAUAAGUCCCGAUGUCUUUCAUCAAUAUAAAGAAGACAUGGAAAUUUUGGAUGAAUCACAGAAGUGUGAAAAACGUUCACCAUCAUGUUUGAAUUCGCCUGGAGAAAUAAUCGACGAGAAAGACAAUAAUAAUUUAGAGAUAAGUCAUAAUUGGAUCAGUGUAAAACAUUGUCGAUCAAAGUUAAAAAAAAUGAGAAUAUGCUCUAACUUUGACAACGAAGUGUCAUCAGAAGCAGAUGAAGAAUCUUCUAUUAGUGGAGACGAAGAAUAUUCAGCGUUUGAAACAUCGAGCAACGAUGCAUUUCAAGGAUCUUCAGUUAGUACUCAAACUUCUGCCGAUGUAUCAACUGUUGCUACACAAACACCUUGGACUAUAUAUUUAGAACAGAAGUCGAAUACAAACUAUGUCGCCAUGGAUGAUAGUGACAAAAUUCUAUCUAAUAUCGACACUUUCCACAAGUUAUAUAAUAAUGACUCUCUUGAUAAUCAUAUCGUAGAAAGUGAUCCUGCAUAUAUUUGUGAUGAUCAAUUGUAUGAAUUUUUGAAUAAAACUGGAAAGUAG